GGAAGUCCCAGCGCAGCCAAGGCAACAACAUGGCGGAGCCCGCAGACCCACGUGAAUUUGAGGAGGUGCCUGAUCUCUCUGAUGCAGAGGAGGACGAAGAUGCAGAAGAAGACCAGUGGAUUGAGGAGGAGGAGGAGGACUCUCAGUCGGUCCCAUGUCUCUUCUGUGACCGAUUGUUGUCUUCAGUGGCACAGACGAUACAGCACUGCACCGCAGACCACAGCCUCCGACUUUCAGAGCUCAUCACUAAACACAACUUAGACGAUUACGGCUAUAUCAAGAUGAUUAACUAUAUUCGUUCCACGCAAUGUGGCUCUUCAUUCCUGUUGGGGCUCCCAGAUGCUCCGGUGCCCUGGGACUCAGAGGAGUACCUCAGGCCAGUUCUACAGGAUGAUCCCCUCCUGCAGACAGAUCCAGAGGAGCUGUGUGCCUCUGCCCCGCCCUCCCGCUCCUGUCCCCCCGCCCCAUCCUCCCAUGAUACUUUGCUGCAGCGGGCGAUCGAGGCGGAGGAGCGAGCGAAGCAAGCAGAGGAGGCACUGACCCGAGCCAUGGACGACCUGCACAAACUCAAGAUUCUGGCUCAAGGUUUGGUGUUGAGCUCUGACUCUACUCGAGGACGACGAUCCAUGGGAGCAGUUUGUGAACUCAGAGAAGAAGAGGAUCAGGCCUAUUUCAGCUCCUACUCUCACUACAGCAUCCACGCGGAGAUGUUAAAGGACCGAGUGAGGACGGAGAGCUACAGAGACUUCAUGUAUCGGAACCCAGAGCUAUUCAGAGAUAAGGUGGUGCUGGACGUGGGCUGUGGCACUGGGAUCCUCUCCAUGUUCGCCGCUAAAGCAGGUGCCAAACGUGUCAUCGGUGUCGACCAAUCAGAGAUCGUCUACCAGGCCAUGGACAUCGUCAGGUUGAAUGGCCUGGAGGACAGGGUCACCCUGAUUAAAGGGAGGAUAGAGGACAUCACUCUACCUGUGGACAAAGUGGACAUCAUCAUCUCUGAAUGGAUGGGCUACUUUCUCUUGUUCGAGUCGAUGUUGGACUCAGUGCUUUGCGCCCGUGACCUGUACCUGGCAGACGAAGGCUCAGUGUACCCGGACGUUUGCACCAUGAGCUUGGCCGCCCUGUCUGACCCCGCCCUGCACCAGGAGCACGUUGCAUUCUGGGAUAGCGUGUUUGGGUUUGAUAUGUCCGUGAUGAAGAAAGCCGUGGUCCCGGAGGCCGCGGUGGAGGUGGUACGACCUGAAGCGCUUAUGUGUGAACCAGCCGUCAUAAAGAGGUUCAACUGUAACAGUGUGUCCCUGUCCGAUCUGGAGUUUGAAGCCGAGUUCUGUCUUAAGAUCAUGAACAGCGCCCCCUGUACUGCGCUGGUGGGCUUCUUCGACGUGUUGUUCGAGCGCAGCUGUGUUCAGAAGGUGAUGUUUUCAACCGGUCCAAAUGCCACAAAAACUCACUGGAAACAGACUGUGUUCCUUCUCGAGAAGCCCCUACUACUGAGCACAGGUGAGGAGCUAAAGGGGAAAAUUAUGGUUCGUAAAAAUAAGAAGGACCCUCGCUCUCUGCUCAUCUCCAUCGAACUUCCAGAUCGAAAACUGCACUACAGCCUCCAGUGAAGAACCCAGUGUGCUUAUUCAGAACAAGUCUGUGCUUUUUAAUAAA